UUUUUUAAGAACUAAUGGAAAUUCAAGACACAUUUGUCUGAUUUGUAUGCAAUGUCGAAUAUGCGUCUUUUCUUAAGGAUUUUUCUUCUCACUUUGUAGAUCAUGGCUGCUAUCUUUAGGAGAAAAAUUGACACACAGUCUAAACAGUGGCUGUUGAAGUUACCUGCCGAUACCAAGAGCCUGUUGUCUGGGUCAUCUAGAGAGUUUCAGAACCAUCACUUUGCUACAAACCUAUUAGUGCAUCGCCGUUUCAUUUUAUCUACGUACAAUUUUAGCAUUUUCAAAAGGUUGUUUACAUUGAUCUGGCAGCAGGGUAAAAAAAGCAACAAGAAUGGGGAAUUACCUGAAAAUCAAUCAGACCAACAUCAAGAUAAUGGUCAAAGCAAAGUAGAGCUUUUGGAGUACAGCUUAUUCAGACCUUAUGGCUCUGUUCCGGUGCAGGAUGUUCAAACUACUCAGAGCAAAUCCUUUCCUUUUUUCGACCCAAACAAUUUUAACGUGGCCACACAGCCUGCACUUGAAAAUGCACCGCAAACAAAAGAUAUUGACAUUGAAGCUUAUCGUGCUGAAAUUCUACAAGCCAAUGAGAAUUUUCUUCAAAGUUUCCCCAAAUCUUUAGAUAAAAUGUCGAAAAAUCUGUUGCAUCCCAGCAAUGUGAAGAUCAAGCCUAGAAAAAAACCUGCCCCAACUCCGAGAGAAUCCAGUCAGGAUAAAAAAAUACUCUAUCCUCUUAUAAAGACACUCAUUGUGGAGAAACAAAGAGAGGCCAACUUUGAAUCUGUAAAAAAUUUUCUGGAAUCUCUGAAUAUACCCACAGAUCAAUUAGAAUAUUAUCCUGACAUUCAGAAUAUGUCAAACAAUGAAAUAUUGGACUGCUUAGUCAAAUUGAAGGAAUAUGGCAUUGUCCGUGUCUUCAAUUUGUUUUUUAUUAGUAGAGUUCAUUUGGAGCUGAGUUGUAAAGGUACCAGUGAUCCCAACUCACAUAUCCUGAAGUCUGGCAAGCGAAAACUGCUUUGUUUUAAACAAGUCCAAUCUUACAUAGAGCUAUGUCAAGUACUCCAAACGCCUGAUCUGGAUAUCAACGGUCUGCUGGAGUCGUUGGCAUCCUUUGGUAUUUACGAUGACAUCCACACCAUUUUAAACAAGGCUAAAAAAUUAAUAUCUGUCGGUGCUACGCCUAAAGAUCUUCUGAACAAUCUUGAACUUUUCAAAGGCUAUGAAUUUUUUUAUGAAAAGGUUGACUUGUACAAGAGUAUCAAGCUACCAACCAUAGUGUCUUCAUUUCCUGUGAAUCUGUUUUUGUCCAAAACUACCAAGGCAUUCAAAGAGCAGUUGGCUAUAGAUUUCACUAUGAAAGAAAUUGCAGAUCUCUUGGAUGUGAAGUUAUUAGAUUUACAGGCAUGUUGGAGUCUGUGGAACUUGAAUGCAACUAAGCUGAAGUACAAAGUCCAAAUGUGUCUGAAUGCUGGCAUCUCUAAGCAGGACAUCUUCAACAAUCUCAAGAUGUUAAACAAGUUUCCAAUAGAAAAAUGUCAUGCAGCUACUGUGUGUUUUCAAGAGUCAGGACUACCUGUCUCUGUUUACUUGUUACACGAGAUGGAGAAAACACGAGAGAUGAACGGAGUCAGUGAUAGAACUACACAGGCAGUCAGUACAGCAGGGGAAAUGGAAGAUUGGACCGGCAACAAUACUGAGGUACCGCCACUAGUUGAAGCUUUAAGUAAAGACAAAGUCAGGAAGAGCUACACAUGCACCAAAAUGUUAAGGAGACAAAUGGUCUACCUAGUGGUCAGAAAGCUCAGCCUGGACAGCAGCAGCAGAAUCAGCAUUUUCGACUGUGACAUCGAUGUGACAGGGAUCGAUAUCCAGGAUGUGACUAGGAACUUUGACUUCCUCUUGUCUGCAGGAUUCACCAGGGAUCAGCUAGCGACCUGCCCCAUCAUCCUGAUGAACCAAUCGGAGAAGCUGGUCAGCAUAGCCAGAAACAUAAAAGACCUGGCCCAAAAUUACCUUCACUCUUCGUCGUGUUCCCUUGUCUCCUCGGAAGCCGUGGCAGCGCACCUAGAGAGUGACCUGGUCGCUGACGAUGCCUGUGUUUUCAAGGAUUUAUUCAAAUGUCCUACCAAACACCUCAACACAAUCCAGUAUUUUUUGGAAAAAGAAAAAACAUUCAGUCUAGCUACAAAUAAUUGAUUAAUUUACCAUUUAUAAAGCUGAGUGAUUACUUACAAAUGUACUGUAUUGACAUUGUUUUGGGCAUUUUUGUUUGUAGUUGAUGUUUACAAUAGUUGUUACAUUAUUUGAUUUGAUAUGAACUGAUUCAUUGUAAAUGAUUUUUUUUUGUACAGUAAAUCAAUCUAUUUUUAAAAACUCCUUGUUUACUGAGUAUUCAAAAACUAUUUAAAAAUGUUGAAUGUUCACAAUGAAUAGAAUGUCCACAUCUAGGAUCAACCCAAGCCUCUUUGUGCCUUUGGGUUAGGCUUAUGAGGCAGAUGUGCAUAGCUAUUGUACUGCAUUAUGGCAAAAGUAAUUGAAUAGCUAUUUUAUCAUGUCUUGUAUUCUUCAUAUCAGUACACUACAGUGAUUUGGGUGACAGUUACAAAUAUUCUAUUAAAGGCUUUGAGUACCAUGCACACCUCUCUUGCUCUAGUCUAGUCCUACUCGUACUAAGUGGUGAAUUUUUGAGGACAAAGAUAUUACUGCGUCGUUGGUUGGAUAGAGUCCACUGGCCCAUAGUUUGGGCAUUACUGCUUUAGUCCUAAUCAUCCAGUGACUCACUU